CAACACCAAGCUCUGGUGGAUUUGUUGUAUACAUAGUGCAAUUCAACUCAGCCCGUCAGGGCACUCACGAUGGCUUCAUUUCAUUUCGCCCGCCGUCCUGUGCGGACAACAGUAUCCUUCCUCAAGGCCGCUUGUCUUGUGCACCUUGGAAUCACAUACGGCUAUACCAUCAGCCCAGCUCAAGGCCCUUCAAUGCUUCCAACAUUCACAGUCGAUGGUGAUUGGAUUCUAUGUGAUCACACGCGUCGCUAUGGACGCGGUGUUUCUGUCGGUGAUUUGGUUGUCUAUCGCAUCCCCAUCUUCAACAAUCAGUGGGGAGUGAAACGAGUAACAGGCAUGCCAGGGGACUAUGUCUCCGUUGGGACCCCAGGCGAGCAAGGAGAAGAGUUGAUGAUACAGAUCCCCGAAGGGCAUUGCUGGAUUUCAGGAGACAACCUCCCAGCAUCAAGAGAUUCCCGACAUUUUGGCCCACUACCACUAGCUCUCAUCUCUGGCACUACAAUAGCCAAAAUAUUACCAUGGAACGAACGUCAAUGGAUGAAAAAUGGACUACAAAAGGUUGAAGAGCUAGACUAAUCACGAGCAGUCUAAUGUAAAUAUGUAUCAUCUCUUAUCUGGGUAUAGAAACUUGCACCUCUCGUCUAAUUACAUCUGCUCUCCCCAAAUCAACUGCCCAGUAAGUGAUCUAGCGAUAUCUGCCACAUGAAUCAUCAAACAAAGAGAAAGAAUACCGUCCUUCAAUGCAGCACUAGCCCUCUCGUACACCGUCAAACACCAUUGUUAUAAGAACAAUUCUUGAAAGCCCAUGACAGGCGAUGCAAUCCGUAUAAAGAGAACCCCCCGAAAACCAAACAUCAUUCUUAGAAUGUUACAUGACGCCAAACACCAUAUCACCCAACACCCCAUACGCUUCCGCUUUUGAGAUGAAUAGCCACGAAU